CCUCUGUUGGGAUGUAUAAAUAGAAGGCAAAGUAUUUUAGACCUUUUACUUUGAAAGCAGAGCUCUCAAGGCACAUGAAAAUGCGCAGAGUCACAGCAGUCAUACUCGUGAUUGCGAUCUCCAGUGCUGCUGCAGCACAAUGGGCGAAAAUCUGCUCAAGUCAACCUGCAAACAAAAUCAGAGGCUGCGACUCCCAGGGCUGUGGUGGAUACAACGACCCCAGAGGAGGGAGGAAGCACAGAGGAGUGGACGUGGUGUGUGAGGACGGCUCGGAGGUGUACGCACCCUUCUCGGGGAAGAUUGACAAACGAGCCAGGCCCUACGGAAACGGCAACGCCAUCGACGACGGAGUCCAGCUUUCAGGAUCAGGAUUCUGCAUUAAGAUGUUUUAUAUCAAACCUGUCAAGUACAGCGGCCCCAUCAAGAUGGGAGAGAAAAUCGGUGUCCUGCUGCCCAUGCAAAGGGUCUACCGAGGAAUUACGUCCCAUGUCCAUAUCCAGAACUGCGACUUAACAGAUCCUACUCCCAACCUGUAAAGGGGCAGCUGCACAUCAGGGGCGAAGCCUUCAGCCCCCCACUUGUGUAUUCAUUAAGUUGCUUGGGCAUAGGUAGUCACUGUAGUAAAGUGGAAGCCACUAGCCUCAGGCAGUUGUUCCACCUAAAAAGUAUCCAUGAACAAAAUGCCGGUGGUUAUCUGAAUAUAAACAGCCUCGGAGUAAGGUAUAACACACGCGUUAAAGCUGCUAUCGUACCCCACACAUCACUAUGCUCGUAGAUGAAGGCUGAAGCAGUGGGGAACGGACGAGUGGCUGGGACGUGGUGGAAUCUCGACGCUCAGCAGCACCGCAGGGAGCCGUGCUGCAGCUCACUCGUCUUGGACUUCUCUGCUCUCUUUGCAGCCAAACAUGAAGAUUUCUUCAAGAAGCCAGAAAUUUCACUUGUGCUUGCAUAUGGAAAAUCACGUUAUUAAAGGGCUGCUUCACUACAAA